CGGCCGCCGCAGCACGGUCCGGGGCUGGGAGGGGGUGGCCGAGGAGAGCCGGGGGGCGCGGGCGGAGGGAGCCGGACCCUGCUGCCGAGGCAUGAGGUGCUAGCUGAGCGUCUCGAACGAGGCGGGCUGACGGCAGCACCAUGCAGGCGGCGGCGGCUGCGUCCGUGCCCUUCUUGCUGCUCUGCGCCCUGGGGACCUGCCCCCCGGCGCGCUGCGGUCGGGCAGGAGACGCCUCGUUGACGGAGCUGGAGAGGAGGAACGAAAACCGCUUCCUGGAGCGCCAGAGCAUCGUGCCACUCCGGCUCCUCUACCGCUCGGGCGGUGAAGACGAAACUGGACACGACGCGCUCGACACGCGGGUGCGGGGCCACCCCGGCGGCGUGCAGUUGACUCAUGUUGACCAGGCAAGCUUCCAGGUUGAUGCCUUUGGAACAUCCUUUAUUCUCGAUGUCGUGCUAAACCACGAUUUGCUGUCCUCUGAAUAUGUAGAGAGACAUGUUGAACACGGAGGGAAGACUGUGGAAGUUAAAGGAGGAGAACAUUGCUACUACCAGGGCCGUGUCCGAGGAAACCCUGCUUCAUUUGUUGCAUUGUCAACAUGCCAUGGACUUCAUGGAAUGUUCUAUGAUGGGAACCACACCUAUCUCAUUGAACCAGAAGAGAAUGACACCUCCCAAGAGGAUUUCCAUUUUCAUUCGGUUUACAAAUCCAGACUGUUUGAAUUUCCCUUGGAUGAUCUUCCAUCUGAAUUUCAGCAAGUACACAUCACUCCACCAAAAUUUAUUUUGAAGCCAGCACCAAAAAGAAGUAAACGGCAGCUUCGUCGACAUCCUCGUAAUGUAGAGGAGGAGACCAAAUAUAUUGAAUUGAUGAUUGUCAACGAUCAUCUCAUGUUUAAAAAACAUCGGCUUUCAGUUGUACAUACCAAUACAUAUGCAAAAUCGGUGGUGAACAUGGCAGAUUUGAUCUAUAAAGACCAACUGAAGACAAGGAUAGUAUUGGUUGCCAUGGAAACCUGGGCAGCUGACAACAAGUUUGCCAUAUCUGAAAAUCCAUUGAUCACCCUACGUGAGUUUAUGAAAUACAGGAGGGAUUUUAUCAAAGAGAAAAGUGAUGCAGUUCACCUUUUUUCGGGAAGUCAAUUUGAGAGUAGCCGGAGCGGGGCAGCUUAUAUUGGUGGGAUUUGCUCGUUGCUGAAAGGAGGAGGCGUGAAUGAAUUUGGGAAAACUGAUUUAAUGGCAGUUACACUUGCUCAGUCAUUAGCCCAUAAUAUUGGUAUUAUCUCAGACAAAAGAAAGUUAGCAAGUGGUGAGUGUAAAUGUGAGGACACGUGGUCUGGAUGCAUAAUGGGAGACACUGGGUAUUACCUUCCUAAAAAAUUCACUCAGUGUAAUAUUGAAGAGUAUCAUGACUUUCUGAAUAGUGGGGGUGGUGCCUGCCUUUUCAACAAACCUUCCAAGCUGCUCGAUCCUCCUGAAUGUGGCAAUGGCUUCAUCGAAACUGGAGAGGAGUGUGACUGUGGGACCCCUGCAGAAUGUGUCCUUGAAGGAGCAGAGUGUUGUAAGAAAUGCACCUUGACUCAAGACUCUCAAUGCAGCGAUGGUCUUUGUUGUAAGAAAUGCAAGUUUCAGCCUAUGGGGACUGUGUGCCGAGAAGCAGUAAAUGAUUGCGAUAUUCGUGAAACGUGCUCAGGAAAUUCCAGCCAGUGUGCCCCAAAUAUUCAUAAAAUGGAUGGAUAUUCAUGUGAUGGUAUUCAGGGGAUUUGCUUUGGAGGAAGAUGUAAAACCAGGGAUAGACAAUGCAAAUACAUCUGGGGGCAAAAGGUGAUGGCAUCAGACAAAUACUGCUAUGAGAAACUGAACAUCGAAGGGACGGAGAAGGGUAACUGUGGAAAAGACAAAGAUACGUGGAUACAGUGCAACAAACGGGAUGUGCUUUGUGGUUACCUUUUGUGCACCAAUGUUGGUAACAUCCCAAGGCUUGGAGAACUUGACGGUGAAAUCACAUCUACUUUGGUUGUGCAGCAGGGAAGAACAUUAAACUGCAGUGGUGGGCAUGUGAAGCUUGAGGAAGAUGUAGAUCUUGGCUAUGUGGAAGAUGGGACACCUUGUGGUCCCCAAAUGAUGUGCUUAGAACACAGGUGUCUUCCUGUGGCUUCCUUCAACUUUAGUACUUGCUUAAGCAAUAAAGAAGGCACUGUUUGUUCAGGAAAUGGAGUUUGCAGUAAUGAACUGAAGUGUGUGUGUAACAGACACUGGGUGGGUGCAGACUGCAGCACUUACUUCCCUCACAAUGAGGACUCCAAGACUGGCAUUACUCUGUCUGGCAAUGGUGUUGCUGGUACCAAUAUCAUAAUAGGCAUAAUCGCUGGCACUAUCUUGGUGCUGGCCCUCAUAUUAGGAAUAACUGCAUGGGGUUAUAAAAAUUAUCGAGAACAGAGACAGUUACCCCAGGGAGAUUAUGUAAAAAAGCCUGGAGAUGGUGACUCUUUUUAUAGCGACAUUCCUCCCGGAAUCAGCACAAACUCAGCAUCUAGUUCUAAGAAGAGGUCUGCUUUUCUGUCGCAUUUUCAGAUUUCUGCCUGUUCCAUCACACAUUAUUCCAUUAGUCAGAACAUUUCAUUAUUUUGCAGCAGGUCUAAUGGGCUUUCUCAUUCUUGGAGUGAAAGGAUCCCAGACACAAAACACAUUUCAGACAUCUGUGAAAAUGGACGACCUCGAAGUAACUCUUGGCAAGGUAACCUGGGAGGCAACAGAAAGAAAAUCAGAGGCAAAAGAUUUAGACCUCGGUCUAAUUCAACUGAGAGGGAGCCCCAAGCACCUGAGCCUGGGCACUCCCUCGCCCAGACAGUCCCAUCCCAAGGCAUAAGCCCAGGGGGCUCUGACAGCCCCCAGACAGGGAGUCUGGAUCACAGGUAUUUAAACCCAUGGUUCAAAAGAGACUAUAAUGUAGCUAAGUGGGUAGAAGAUGUGAAUAAAAACACUGAAGGACCAUACUUUAGCUCUCAAGAUGGCCAGCGUCAGGAAGACAGGACUCUAUCUCCUGCCAAGUCUCCUUCUUCAUCAACUGGGUCUAUUGCCUCCAGCAGAAAAUACCCAUACCCAAUGCCUCCACUUCCUGAUGAAGAGAAGAAAGUGAACCGACAAAGUGCCAGGAAACCCAACCUCACAGAAUCACUGCAAAUCUAUCUGCUCUUCAGACAAUACAGACCCUCUGAGAUGCCACAGAGGAGAGGAAGCCGAGUCUCACGUCUGGAUACCAUUUUCUUUUUGUCAUUGGCUUAGGAUUUAACUGAACCAUGAAAAGAACUACUGAAAUGUUACACUAUAACAUGGAAAAAUAAAGGUACCGGUAUGUUAAUGGAUAAUCCGCAUGACAGAUACAUGUAGAAAUCUCACUAAAAUUAACUCAUGACCCAAAUGUAGCAAGUUUCCUAAGGGACAAUAGUGGAUUCAGAACUGACAUUCUGAAGCACAUCCUCAUUGUAGACAGUAAUGCUAUGUGCAUGAAGCUUCUGUUUAUUGCUUUCCACAUUUAAGGAAACAACAUCCCAUAAUAGAAACUAGCAUGCAGGGCUAAGGCAUAUAGGAUUUUUCUGCAGGACUUUAAAGCUUGAGAGGCCAAUAUCCCAUAUGCUUACUCUAAACAUGUAUCUUUAUUUUUGUUUUUUUACUUUUCAUAUUUAUAUCAGCAUACAAGGACAAUUGUACAUAUGUAAACAUUUUUAAAAUAAAAAAAGCAACUGUUACACACAAGUGUAUUUUGCCAAAUGCCUAAAAAUAAUCAGUAACAGGCACAUCGUCAUCAUCCAUCAAAUGGUCUUUAAAGAUGAUAAACAGAUGAUGUUGUAAAUAUAGUGGUCAGUGCCCUAAGUGUCUCUCUCCGUAAUUGGUAUUUGUCCUCCAAAACCUGUGAUAUCCCUUUAAGCUGUGCACAGCCUGGAGGCAGUUUUCUUGAGUGAUUAAUUGAACCAGAGAAGAAAAUGCCCAGCAAAUCUGGGGCUUCCACAUUGGCUGGGGCAGGAGCUCAUUAGUGUAGCCAGUCUCCGGCCUCCAGGCACUCACUCUGAAGCUGAUGGCUGCUCCCUGGGAGUCCUCCAGCCAGUGUCUGCCUCGGCAGCUGUUGUCUUUCAGUAUCAGAGCACGCCUAGUCUCACCCUGGAGGCCCGUGAGCCCCUCAGCAGCACGUCCUGCUGACUUUAAGCAAGUGUACCAAAGACACGUGAGACCGGGGCCCCUGAUACAUUGAUAGCUUCCGACUUGCCGACACUCUAACCCUUCGUGGCCUCAAUUUUUGUUCUUUGACAAAACUUUUUAGCUACCUUUAUCUGUAAGAUGAAUAGCUUGUUUUAAUAAAACCAACUUUUACACUGUUUAUCAAGGAUAUUUAUCAUCAGUAGGAUGUGAGUCCAACAGGUCAUUCCGCACUGAUGUGGAAGCAAGGUGAUGGAGGUUCUACCAACUGGGCGGGAAGCCUCAACAGGCCACAGAGGGUUAGAAGAAACCUAAAGCCACAAGUGUGCGGCAACUGUGAAGUUACCCAAACAGCUG